GUCCCACUUUCUGCCCGACUCAUUGAUCGUUCUCUCUCCCUCUCUCUCGGCUCUCUCUCUCGGCUCUCGAGAGAGGGGGCGUGAGAGAGGUAUCUGGCGGGAGCACAGGGAUCCCUGGCAGGGGUACCGACGACGAGGUGAAGGGUGCGCAACGAACACGAACGUGAAGACUAAAGAAGGGGUGGGGGUAGAGAUGGUUGAAAGGUGGGGUGCGAACGGUGGUGCUGGCUACGGUUGGAAGGGAUAAUUAAACGGACACAAACGUGAACACGGACACUGGUGUACGGAAGGACGAAGAAAGGUUACCAUGGCUACGUGGAUGGGAUCCGGCCAAUCCCGGUCUGGCUGGUAGGCGUGGCCUCUACAUUGGCCCCCCGAGCUUCGUAUCGUCGUCUCUUUUCAUCCAACUACCCCUCCGCGGUGGAGUUGGCGAAGUCUGGGAGAAAGGACGAGGGUUCGAGGGAGCAGGAGUGAGAGAGGACGAGGUAGAGGUAGGUCGCAAGAGCCGGCGGGACUACCCGGUUGCAACGGGCGCGUACAAACGUAUCAUGCUGGGUAGGGCCGGUGCCGAGAUGCCGGCUUGUAAACGAAACCAGUUUGCUAUCCGAUACGAUCCAGGCAACAGCGGCCUCGCGUGAUAUCCCCACGGCCGAGGAGAACGUCAGCGUGCUGUUCGCCAGUGACCCCGAGGAUAUCUACCUGGAGAACGUUACUUGGGACCGGGAGUCAUCUGACGCUAGCGUACGGGGGUGACAUUCGGUACGCGAGGGAGGAACCGACGAUCAACGCUCACUUUCGUUCCAAGGUUCACCUGGAUCGCCGUGUGUUACUUCAAAAGGGAAUUUAAACUCGCGCCCUAAGGGUCUUGGAUCCGGGGUUGGAUUAAGAUUCGAAUAGAACAUUUAACGUUGUUGUCUAUAGAAACUGGUGAGAUUUUUUAGCCGUGUCCGCUCGGUUCAGAGAGUAGUUCAGUGUGGUAACCGUGAAGUGAGUUUCGUAUUGAUCCAGUGAUCGACGAGAAGAGUCUGAAUAAUGAUUAGCCUGACAGUCGAGUCAACGUCAUGAUGAGAGGUGCGAAAAGCAAACACAAAUCGAGUCGGAGAGUUUCCUGAGUCCGACGAUCGCGGUGACAUCGAUGCUCUGAGGAAGACAACAGAUCCAAAGAGCACCGGGUAAGUGGAUUCUGACCGGGAGGAUCAGACGAUCGAGCUAACAGAGAUGUCAGCCGUAGCACCAGCAGGAACGGGUGCACCGGCACCCACCACCAACGGUCCGAUCGUGCCUGCUCCAGUUUUCGCGUUGCCGACCUUAUCGUUCACCGUCAGCCAGGUUGCCACCGUUUGCGAGACUCUAGAAGAAAGCGGUGACAUCGAGAGACUGGCCAGGUUCCUCUGGAGUUUACCAGUUGCCCAUCCUAACAUCCAGGAGCUGAAUCAAAGCGAGGCUGUGCUCCGGGCACGAGCAAUCGUCGCUUUUCACUCGGGGCAUUACAGAGAAUUGUACGCCAUCCUCGAGAGGCACAAGUUCACCAAGGACUCUCACGGUAAACUUCAAGCUAUGUGGCUGGAAGCGCACUAUCAGGAGGCUGAGAAGUUACGCGGAAGAGCGCUCGGACCGGUAGACAAGUACAGAGUGAGAAAGAAAUUCCCGUUGCCCAGGACGAUCUGGGACGGCGAACAAAAGACUCAUUGCUUUAAGGAGAGAACCAGAUCGUUGUUGAGAGAGUGGUACCUUCAGGAUCCUUAUCCGAAUCCUGGGAAAAAGAGGGAAUUGGCUGCUGCGACGGGACUCACGCCGACGCAGGUGGGAAAUUGGUUCAAGAACAGAAGGCAAAGGGAUCGUGCUGCUGCUGCGAAAAACAGAAUGCAGCAGCAAUCUGGCACAGGAAACGGAAAUACACGACGUACUCUCAGUCCCGGGCCUGGAGGUAGCGAUUCGGAGGAUUCCGAUAUUUCUCUCGGUGCAACGUCGCCUCCGUCGCCUAGUUCCUCACCUCCGCCAACUCAUCAACCAUCUCCUGUUCCUCUCAGGCCCCUUGGUCCCCUGCCGCCUCCAUCCUUAAAUUUCCGCUUCGAUCCUUCGCAAUCGCAGUUUCGAUUCAACCACGCGACGGCCUUCAAAUUCCCGCCGACGGGCUUCCGGUUUGGACCGCACAGCCCGCAACACAAUCAUCCGAACAUCUCGGGCGGUGGAAUCUUCAGGCUGACGGAAACGAGCCCGUUUCAAGCUGUGGGUCCUAGAGGUGAUCUUGGAUCGAGACUGCCAGAUCAUUUAGGACUACCACCACCAAGGUUGCACCCUCACGAAGGUCUGCUCCAUCACCCUCACGUUCAGCAUUCGUUACCGGAAGGAAUGUCCAGGAUAUCGGAUGCUUCUCGACUCUCUGACGGCGGGAUUUCUCGGCUGUCGGACAGUCUGUCGGAAGCGCACAGUCCGCCAUUAAUGGCGACGAAUCUGUCGGUGACGGGUCCGUUAAGGGUUGCAGUGCCAAGCCCUCACACGCCCUCCUCGCGAGGCAGUCCGCCAACGGGUCAACAUACUCCGCAGGGUCAGUCUCAAGGCCAGGGUUUGAUAAGGGUCGCGACGCCUCCGCCACCGAAUCCGAAACCACCGCAAAUUCACCGACCGUUUUCGCCAGCGUGAUACGAUAAGGAGGAAGGAUCGAAAGAGAUCGUCACGAGGGAAAUAACCGGUAACGAUCGGUCUUUGGUGUCGAGGAAAAUUCUAUCCAACGACGAGCAUCAGUUUUUCGAGAAACGGUUCGAGGUGUUGUGAGAAGAACGUGCGAGCAAACGUUUUCGUCGUAAAGAAUGAAACGGGGUUGGUACGUGAGAAGUAAUUAUUCGAGAUCAAAGAACGCGAUACUCGGAUGUAAUCAGCCGGAGAUCUACGAAGGGGCGCGAGAAAAUCAAUCAACUUCUCGCGUUGGAAAUCCGUAAGCUGAGGCUCGUUCGGUGAACUUUGUUCUUGCCAAACGACGUGAACACGAUUUAUCGAUAAAAACGCUAAUUAAUCAAAGUCGUGUAAUUCGAUAGACAAGUGCCCGGAUCGUUGCUGGCUGACGAUGCGUCGUUGAAUUGAUCGGACGAGUGCAAUUUUCUUCUGGAUAACAAAAAAUGCGAGUGUAAAUAAAUAGAAGAUCCGAGGAACCGAUUACGAACACGUGGACUAUUUCGAUCUGAUUGAACACACCGAUCCGAUCCGAUCCGAUCCGAUCCGCUUCGAGGCUAAACGAACUCAGUGUAGUGGUGUCUUUUGUAGUUUGUACAUAGCGAUGCUUCCAGUAAAAUGUUCUUCGGUGUAAUCGUUGCCUGAAACUGUUCGUCAUCGUUUCGAACAAUCGUGCUGCAUGAGCUAUCGCGAACGCUCUUUCAAUUCGAAGCUCGAAAGAAAGAUGUCUGAGCAUAGAUCGAGUCCUAACUUCGCAGAUAAUCUUGUUUGUCUAAUAAAUCGGGCUGAGACGACUUUCUAUCGAGACCUAACGAAUUUUACCGAUCCGUGAUGAUAUUCUACGGGCAUACUUUCGACGAGACGAAAAUCGCACAAUAUCGCUUGCUUGCAGAUCGAACGAAACGAGGGAAAUAAUCGUCGGAAGUGAAUUAAUUCAAGAUACAACUUCGCGAAACUCCCAUCACCCCUUUAGUCUAAGUAGAGAUUAGCGAUUUGUAAAUUUCACUAAUCGAUUCGAUCUUUGACUAAUCGUUCGCUUCGAAGGUUAAACAGCUACUAUCUCGAAGAUGCGAAGCAUUAUCGAGGAACCGAUCGAUCAGAUUCUGAUACGUUAUAGAGAAACGGUGCGAGCACGAGGCUUUUAACCCCUCUGUCUUUGUAGAUACACACAAGCAAACAUUGCAUACAAGUUAGCAAAAUUUCUUGUAUAAUCGGCUCCCCACCCUUAUAAAUAUGAACAUACUACGAUCUACGUAUACAUAGGUACCUUACUGCUAAAGACUAUUAACACACGGAACUAUACAUAUAUAAAUAUACAUACACGAGGAGAAAUGAAGCAUUAUUAUUAUUAUUAAUAUUAUUGAUAUUAUUAUUAAUAUUAUUAUUUGCGGCUGUACAUACAUUCACGCGAAAAUAUAUUAACAGAUUAUUAUGACAUUACAAGAAACAGAUUGUGAGUAUUCAAUUAUCUUAUGCCGAGAAGGGUGGAACGAAAAAAUCAAAAUUGUGGAAUUAUUUUUUAAUAGUGGAGAAAAUCUAGCAAUCUUUCUUCGUUAUUAGAAGUCACGAACAAUAAAAAAAAAAAAAGUUCUACCCCUAUU